UAUAUUAAAACGGAUAAAGAAGACGUGGGAAUUAAAAAGAAAACACUCGGGGAGAUAUGAUGGCCAUGUCCGCAUCUCUGCAACCACAGCCUUUCAUCAAUGGAAUUCUCCUAUUUUCCUCUUCUAACCUUCAAUUUCAUCAUCGCUCUACCACCAUCUUCAGGUGGAGAUUUGGAAGAGACCAAGAUUCAAGUCUAGUUACUAGUAGAACCAAGGGUCAAGCAUUUCGAAUCUUGGCCAAUCCUAAUGUAUAUUCAGGUAAAAGAGAUCCGGGUAAUGAAGUCCCCAUGGUUGACCCUUUGGAAGCAAAGCGGUUAGCUGCCAAACAAAUGGAACAAAUUAAGGCUAAAGAGAAAAUAAAGAGAAGACGCCAAAUCGAAGCAAUUAAUGGGGCGUGGGCAAUGAUUGGUCUCACAGCAGGCUUAGUUAUUGAAGGACAAACAGGCAAAAGUAUACUUGAGCAGCUGGCAGGGUAUUUAUUGGCGAUCAUCCACAUUUUUGUGCGAUAGGCUUGUGGCCUCUUUGGACAAUUUGGGGGACGUUGAGGUCGAUCUUGAUUUUUUCCCCCACAUUGAACAUGUAAGAUUAUC